CAAUUUAAACUUGUUCUCUUAGGCGAGUCAGCUGUUGGAAAGUCAAGUUUAGUAAUGCGCUUCGUCAAAGAUCACUUUGAUGAAUAUAGAGAAAGUACCAUCGGUGCUGCUUUCCUUGCACAAACCAUUUCGUUAGAUGACAAUACUACUGUCAAAUUUGAGAUAUGGGAUACUGCUGGACAAGAAAGAUAUAAGAGUUUAGCACCUAUGUACUAUCGUAAUGCAAACUGUGCUGUCGUUGUUUAUGAUAUUACUCAAGCUUCUUCUUUGGAUAAAGCUAAAGCUUGGGUCAAUGAAUUACAACGUCAAGCAGAUCCCAAUAUAGUCAUUGCCCUAGCAGGUAAUAAAUCUGAUCUUGAAGCUAGAAGAGCUAUUGAUACCAAGACUGCUCAAGAAUAUGCUGACGAAGCUGGGUUGUUGUUCUUCGAAACCUCUGCCAAGACUGCUGAGAAUGUGAAUGAACUUUUCCAUGCGAUAGCAAAGCGCAUGCCCCUCGAUCAAUUAGCCGAUAGUUCUCGCAGUGGUGGUAGAAAUAGAGCUGGAUUGAAUUCUUCUCGUGUUGAUUUAGAAAACUCAGAAAACAAUGCUACUAAUGCAAAUGGAUGUGCAUGUAAGUCUGUGUGAUUAUAAGUUACCCUCUGUAGUUUUACUGAUACCAUGGCGUUUUUUUCACUUUGUGAACAGGCUAAUUCAUUUCGAUGACAUACUUCAGCUCUUUAAUUUUUUUGAACAGAUCAACAUCAACAAUCAUCAAUGAUAUUAGUAUUCUCUUUCUUUAAUUAUGUAUUGCUACCCUAAUCACUCGUUUUUUAUAUCAACAUAUUCCUUUCUUCUACCCUGACGUCUCAAAUAUAUAACUAUUUCCGUAUAUAUAUGUGCUAAGCAUACAUAGUUUAUUCAUGUCUACACUUUUUUCCUUAUAGUGAAGGAAUGUUUAUAAUGACCCAAAAAA